CAAUGACUUGCACAGACACACUUACACCUAAUUCUACAACCACUACAACAGCAAUUACUUGCACAGACAUACUUAUACCUAAUUCUACAACCACUACAACAGCAAUGACUUGCACAGACACAUUUACACCUACUUCUAGUCUUGCUUUUACCCUUACUGAAACUACAUACACUACACCAACACCUAGCUGUGCUCCUAUUGGUGCGUCAUGUACGAUUGCAAAUUUUACUUUAUGUUGUAAUAAAAGAUGUUGCUUUGUUCAGCCAGAUGGUAGUAUUGGUCCAGGA